GGCAAAUAUUUAUCAGUUAGUACCAAAUCAAGAUGCGGUCGCUUCUGUGUAUUCUGUUCCUAGUUGGCUCCGCUUUGGCUGUUUUAACGCCGGAACAACUCGCCAAAAUCGAACCCAUCAGUAAAGAAUGCCGAACUAUAUCGAAAGUAACCGACGAACAAAUAACCAGAAUCCGAAAUGGUGAAUCCGUGGGUGACCCCGAAAUCAAAAAACACCUCCUGUGUGGUUCCCAAAAGACGGGACUGAUAUCAGACUCGGGUGACCUAAACUGGGACACUAUUAAGAGCAAACUCCAGAAAGCGGCAACAAGUGAUGAGAAGAUUGCCGAAAUAGAAAAGUGCGCCGUUAAAAAAGAAAAACCGGAAGAUACGGCCUUCACGUUAACGAGUUGUAUUUCUACACACCAACCUAAUUUCUCUCCUGCAGAUUAGCGACUUUGACUGUAAAAAAAUCGAAAAAUAAAGUUUUUGAUUGAAUAA